AUGUCCCAGGUUAAUGGUAGGGGUAACACCCUUCAACAGCAGGCAAAAACGGAGUGGAUUGUUCGGCUGGAGGUGCAGCGCCGGCACGCAAAGGGCUCGCUCCGCGUUCUUGAUUCCAUGAUUCGUGAGGUGGACGACCAGCUGCUUUAUGUUGCUCAGUUUAAGAAGGAGUGGCUGCAGCACCGCAGGGAACUGGAGGCGGCAAGACAGGAUGUUUUGGCCGAAGAGGCGGCAAAAAGGCAGCAGCUUGAGAGGCAUUGCUUGAAUACACAGAAGCAGCUUGCGGGUAGGAAUUUUGUAGCUUCGAGGGGGGAACUUUAG